ACACCUCCACGCCGUCGACUCCCUCCCUCCCUCCCUCUAGCCGCAGCCACCGGCUCACACACCACCCCCACAAACCCACCCAACCACGCCCUCGAGACUGCCUUCGCCCAUCCUGCACGCCGUCGAGCCUCCCCUCGCCCCGCAGCACCGCCUCCGCGCUCGCCACCUCUCUGACAGCCGGUGUCUCGGACCGGUCGACCACGCUCUGCUCUCUUCUCCGCUUCCAUUAGUCUCUCAAUGGCAUGAAUUUCCGUAGGGUCUCCCACAGCCACCUUAAGCUAGCUAGCCUCUCCCUAUUUCAGGCUGCCAGCCGUCGGCUAUCUCACACGCCGCCGGUGCAUCAAUGUGCUCCCUGCCUUCUUGCCAGCCGAAACACCACCACCUAUUUCUUCUUCACCACAUUGCCAAUCCAGAUUCCAGACUCGCUGCUAUGUAAGUCAACGGCCUGUAACUGAGGGAGGAGAGGACAGCCAACUCAGGCAUCCACAAACUAGAUCCACCACCAGAGAUCAAAAUUAAGUGAGAGAGAGAGGGGAGGGACCGAGCAUGGACAUCACGGCGGGGGUCAUGGGUUCCGUCCUGUCCAAGCUGGACAAGCUACUCAAGGAGGAGUACAAUCUGCCGUCCGGCGCCAAGGAAGACCUCAAGUAUGUUGCAGAAGAGCAGAGGCGCCUGCAAGCUUACUUCUGCAGCAUGACAGAUGCGCCGCCAGACCAGCUCGAUAAGUUUGAUCGGGGUUGGUUAUCCAAAAUCAGCGAGGCGUUCCGCAAGAGUGAGAACAUCGUCGACAUCCUGAUGGUUGAGUGCUCUAAACCAGCCGCUGACCCGGGUGUCUGCAGGCGGCUCUUUAGAAGGACCAGAGAUUCACUGAAUCCUCCUCAUCAAGAUCCUAAAGAUCUGAUUGCCCGUAUCAAAGAGAUAACAUUGGAUGUCCUGGACGUGUUUGCCACACAUAAACAUCUUGACGGUUGCCUACGGCCGUUGUACAAAGAUGAGAAAGACCUCGUCUGCAUCGACGGACCAAAAGAUGUGUUAAUCAAGAUGCUGACAGAGGGAGAUGACAUGUCAAUGAAUCAACAGAAAAUAGUCUCCAUUGUCGGUCUUGGGGGAUUGGGCAAGACAACUCUUGCCCAUGUUGUGUACCAUCGGCUUAAACCACAGUUUGAUUGUGUGGCUUUUGUUAGGGUCCCCCUUAAACCCGACAUGGUGGGAUUGUUCACGGAGAUGCUCUAUCAACUGGAUGUGAAAAAUCAUAUAAACAUCAAUGAAGAAGCAAUGGAUAAUAUACAGCCUGUUUCUCUAAUUAGAGGAUUUCUUCUGAACAAGAGGUACCUGAUCGUAAUUGAUGAUUUAUGGAACGAAGAUGAUUUGCAUAGCAUCUCAUCUAGCUUGCCCAGUAAUGACAAGGGUAGCAGAGUAAUUACUACUACUCGUGUUAAUGGUAUAGCUAACUUGUGUUGCUCAGGCGGUAAUGAGUCAAUGUAUGAAGUUCAGUGUCUUGGAUACCAAAAUUCCAGAGAGUUGUUUUUGAAGCAUUAUUUUCGCCAUGGCAGUUGGCCUGAUGCAGAUACAGACAUUUUUGAUGAUAUCAUUAGGAUGUGCAGUGGUACGCCUUCAGCAAUAAUAAGUAUUGCUUCGUUACUCGCAACCAAAGUAACCGCACAAAAGCCAUGGCAGGAGAUGAUGAAUUACUUACAUUGUUCUUCGAAGCAGAUGCCAAGUUCUUUAGGUUUUAAAUCUGAGAAUAUUCCUGGUUUUGAAGACUUGAGAGAUAUUCUGUCACUUAUCUACGCCCACCUUCCCAGCCCUCUGAAGGACUGUUUGCUCUACUUAGCAGUACAUGCUAAGAACCAAAUAAUUCAUAGGACUACUAUGGUUAGGAAAUGGAUUUCUGAAGGAUUUAUCUCUGAAAAUGCGAGGCAUAGUCGAGAGGAAGUAGCAAGCGGGUACUUUGAUGAGCUCAUCAGCAGAAGUUUCAUCCGGCUGUCAGAAUAUGAUAACUAUUCAAGGGAAGAGAUGUAUGAAGUGAAUAGUAUGGUGCUUUAUGUUCUUAGGCAAAUAUCAGACAAAGAACAUUUUGCUACCAUCUUGUCUGGCGUUGGUAUUUCAAGGGAUUAUGCUCAUUAUUUCCGUUUGUCAGUCCAGUGUUCUGGUACAGAACUUCCAGUGAUGGAUUCAUCUCGCAUUCGUUCCACAACUAUUGCUGGACCUGCAAAGAUUUAUUUAAACCAUGAUUGGGUGUAUCUACGGGUGUUGGAUCUAGAUGGCUACAAGGAUUUGCAAAACUCUGAUGUGGAUCAUAUAUGCCGAAUGACCCUGUUGAAGUACUUGAGUCUCAAGCAUACUCCAGUCACAAUAAUCCCUCCAAAAAUCAGGAGACUACACUCUCUGGAGACUCUGGAUUUAGGGCAUACUGAAAUCAGUAAUCUCCCACCAGAAAUUGGGCAACUGCAAAAUCUGAAGACUCUCGAUGCAGGCGGCAUAAAAAUCAGUUGUCUCCCGCCAGAAAUUGGAAAACUUCAAAAUCUGGAGACUCUGGAUGUAAGACAGACAAAGGUGAAAGAGCUGCCUAAGGAACUUGUUCGUCUUCCCAAACUAGCCUAUCUUUAUUUUGGAGAUUGUAAUUCUGCUCGAGGAGUAAAGUUACCUGUCGGAAGUGACCAGUUGAAGUCAGUGAAGGUGCUUGGUACUGUUGAUUCAAGAGAAUGUUCUGGAAAUGCCAUGGAGGAGAUUAGUGGACUGACAAGACUAAGGGAGAUUGAAGUAAUGUUGUAUGAUCAGCCUGCCGACAUGGUACAGAAUGAUAAGUUAAUGUCUUCCAUUGGCAAGUGCGUGAAUCUUGAAUAUCUGAUUAUUUAUGGUGACUACAGCCCAAGCAACGAACUUCCUGUAUCCCCCUAUUUUCGUUCACUUGAGAGAUUGAAAGUGGCAGGAAGAUUUAUGAAAGUUCCCCGGUGGCUUGCAGAGCUUACCAUGCUCAGGAAGCUUGAUAUCAGAGUCUGUCAGCUAGACCAAGAUGAUCUUAAGAUACUUGGAGCCCUGCCAUCCUUGAGCACUCUCGCACUUGAACUGAUUUGCAUUAUUUUGAAGAAAGAUGUAACUAUCACGAGCAAGUUGCAUCCUGAGGAAGAAACAAUUCCAGAAGAUUGUUUCCCGAAGCUCGAGGUUUUCAGUUUCGAUUGUCAUGUGCCAUGGAUCACCUUUCAGCAGGGAGCUAUGUCGACACUGAAACACUUCCACUUGAAGCUCUAUGCUUGCCCAGAUUAUAAAUUUCCUUCAGGCAUCAUCAACCUUCCUAGUCUUGAGAAGAUUAGCCUCCGGUACUCUUCAGAUCAUGCAAUCAGUGGCAGUAUCACGAAAGCAGUUGCUACCAUAAGAGAACAGGCUGCCACACAUGGUAAGCCGAUAAGGUUUUCUGUCAAUGGCGAUUCUGAGGUUGUGAGAGGAGGUUGGGGGAAUGAAUACAUUUUCCCAUCCAGAUAUUAUUUCCCAUGGAUGUGGUUAUGGGCUCCUAGAGAAACAGCAAGGUUCAGGCAAAACAAUAGUUGAUCCUGAAAUCGUCGCCACUAAGAGUAUUCGUGUUACAAACUUGCUCAAGCCUGUGCUGAUAUAUCUUUACCUCCAUUUCUUUCUCAGCUUUGUUCCCUGCCUCUGCACCAUCAUACUGCCAGCCUCCAUUUCUCAUGUUGGCAGGUAUGUGCCAAUGUUGGUUGCUUCGUUCAACGGGCACUUCCCUCUAGUUCGCCAGCCUGACGUUGGGCUCUGGUUUUCUUGGAAAUUCAUCAUCUACUAGAUACUCUAUCUUCCUCUUUCUUGUUUCAAGACAAGCAAAUACGGUUGGUUUAAAAGAUGCCUGCCUGCUGAGGUGUAAAGGACAAGACAUCCAUAUCAUGAAUAAUGCUUGUAUAUGAAUUGUAUCUAUCCUUAUUCCAUGCAACCCUUAUUAAUAAUGCUUGUAUCCUCAUAUGGGUAUGGACUUUUCUAUGAUGUGUCAUUUUCGUAACGCUACACUACGAUGCUUAUCAUAAUAUCAGGAACUCUCCAAGUUAUUCUAUUUGA